UCACCACUCACCAUCUCCCUCACCACUCACCAUCACCCUCACCUCUCUCCCUCCCUCACUAAGCGCUCCUCUCGUUAGUCACGUGGGCACGCAGUCGGCUCGACGCUGUGGAAGGCGAGUGACGUAAUCGCGCAGGAGAGCGCGCGAGGGCGACGAAAUGACGUCAUCGCCAAGUGUGACAGUGGAUCCGGCGGAGAUGGAGCGAGGGACGGAUCCGGUGGAGAUGGAGCGAGGGACGGAUCCGGUGGAGAUGGAGCGAGGGACGGAUCCGGUGGAGAUGGAGCGAGGGACGGAUCCGGUGGAGAUGGAGCAAGGGACGGAUCCGGUGGAGAUGGAGCGAGGGACGGAUCCGGCGGAGAUGGAGCGAGGGACUCAUCCGUCGGAGAUGGAGGGAGGGACGGAGCCGGUGGAGAUGGAGGGAGGGACGGAGCCGGUGGAGAUGGAGCGAGGGAUGGAUCCGGCGGAGAUGGAGCGAGGGAAGGAGCCAGAGGAGAUGGAGCGAGGGACUCAUCCGUCGGAGACGGAGCAGCAGCAGCAGCAGCGGCGGCGGCAGCAGGAGGAGCAGGAGUCCCCGCCGGGUGACGGGGGCGUGCGCCACCGCGUGUGCAUGGUCUCCGACUUCUUCUACCCCAACAUGGGCGGCGUGGAAACCCACGUCUACCAGCUGGCGCAGUGCCUCCUGCAGCGGGGCCACGGCGUCACCGUGGUCACGCACGCCUACGGGGACCGCACCGGCGUGCGCCUGCUCACCGGCGGACUCAAGGUGUACUACCUGCCCUUGCGUCCGUUCUACAACGAGGCCACCCCUCCCGCCAUCUACCUGAGCCUGCCGCUGCUGCGCUGCGUGUUCGUGCGCGAGCGCGUCACGCUGGUGCACGCUCACUCGGCCUUCUCGUGCCUGGCGCACGACGCACUCUUCCACGCCAAGGCCAUGGGCAUCCGCACCGUCUUCACGGACCACUCGCUGUUCGGCUUCGCCGACGCCAGCUCGGUGCUCACCAACAAGCUGCUGUGCGUGUCGCUGUGCGACGUGACGCGCGCCGUCUGCGUGUCGCACACGGGCCGCGAGAACACGGCGCUGCGGGCGGGACUGGCGCCCCGCCGCGUCUCCGUGGUGCCCAACGCCGUCGACACUACGAGGUUCCGGCCGCCCGAGUGGCCCAGGGGGGCGGCCGACGGGGAGCCGGACACCGUGGGCAGCCGCAGGCCCGGACGCAUCACCGUGGUGGUGGUCAGCCGGUUGGUUUACCGCAAAGGCAUCGACCUGCUGGCCGGCAUCAUCCCGGAGUUGACGGCGCGCCACCCGGACCUGCACUUCCUGGUGGGCGGAGAGGGCCCCAAGCGGCUCGUGCUGGAGGAGCUGCGGGAGCACUACCGCCUCCACGACAGGGUGCAGCUGCUGGGUGCGCUGAAGCACGGGCAGGUGCGUGACGUCAUGGUGCAGGGAGACAUCUUCCUGAACCCCUCGCUCACGGAGGCCUUCUGCAUGGCCAUCGUGGAGGCCGCCAGCUGCGGCCUGCAGGUGGUGAGUACGCGUGUCGGGGGGGUGCCGGAGGUGAUGCCGGAGGACCUGAUGGUGCUCUGCGAGCCGAGCGUGCGGGCGCUGGCGCUGGGCGUGGAGCAGGCGGUGGAGCGGGUGCGUCGCGGCGCCGUGCCGCACCCGGCCACCACGCACGAGCGCGUGGCGCGCCUCUACAACUGGCGCGACGUGGCACGCCGCACCGAGAAGGUGUACGACGACGCGGCGCGUGACGCGGCGCUGCCCCUGGGCGAGCGUGUGGAGCGGCUGCUGGAGCAGUGCGGACCCUUCGCGGGCCUCGUGUUCGGCUUCAUGGCGCUGCUGGACGUGGUGCUCCUCUUCCUGCUCGACCUCCUCUACCCGCGGCACCUCAUCGACGCCGCGCCCGACACCGCGCCCCUCGGCUAG